AUGUCUAUAAUGAUUUCUUCCGAUGUCAUGGUACCGCAAACCAAUAUUUAUGAGCCGUUGUUGGAGAACCGAUUAAAAAAUAACAAUCAAGAUACCGUGGAGAGUACAAACAAUAAUUACAACAAACAUAGUGUUAAUAAAACUUCAAAUAGAGGAUCCGAUGAGUAUAAAAAAUUUACGGGGUUAGGUCAUUCCGGUAGUUAUCAUUCGUCAUCGAAUUCUGAUUCACAUUUGGGAAGUCCCAGAAAUGAUACUGCAUCGUCAACAACAUCGUUAGAGGAAUACUACGAUUCGUCUGCUGUAAAUAAUAAAUUUGGCGUAGAAGAAAAUGAAAGUGUAUUGACUGAUUCGACCUUCAAAAAAAAUAAAUUGGGUAAUGCUCUUAAACAAGUAAGUGAAAAUGAAGUUCUUCAAAAUUCAGAUCAUAAUAUGAAUACAAUACUCGAUACAGAUAGUAUAAUAGAGACAGAAUCAUAUCUACAGGAUGUAAAUGAUGAUAAUGUACUGUUGAAUAAAGUUGUAUCUAGAUCUUCUGCCAUAUCAUCAGAAACUAGGAAAGCAAGAAAUAUGAAAAAGCAUUCAAAUACAAUCACAUCAACUAGCAUCACUUCAAAAUCACAACAGAAUGCUAAUAAUAAACAGCGUGUGAACGACUCUGUGGCAAUCAUACCUACGAUUGAUAGACGUCGAAGCACAAUAGGCUCUUCUAGAAGAACAUUGCCUUUUCAUUCAUCAAAACACGCACAAAUCUUACCAAUGGAUGAUCUAUCACAAUCCAUCGAUAGCAAUAGCAUCAAGAAUCAUAACUAUCAAAAAAAUAAUGCAUCAUUACACUCAUUACAAGUUCCUCUACAACAACAUAAUGACAGUACUCGCAUCACUAAUAAUAACAAUAGCAUUGACAAAAACAUCCCAGAAGAAGGAGACUUUACACCAAUUAGAAAAUUUGUAUCUACUUCACAAAUAUAUUCUAAUGAUGGAGCAUUAAAAAGAUCAGAAUCAGCCGCAGUGGAAAUAAGAAAAAUGAGAGAAGCUCUCCUGAAGAAGAGAGAAGUUAAAACUAGAAAUACGAGACAAAUUCACGCAAAAACUAGCGACAGUCUAGCAGAUGAUGAUCGUGUUUUGAUAGGAAAUAGAGUCAGUAAAGGUCACGUUAAUUUCAUUAUCGCAUACAAUAUGCUAACUGGUAUCAGAGUUGCUGUAUCCCGCUGUUCAGGAAUAAUGAAACCUCUUGUGCCAAGAGACUUUAGCUUCAAAAAGAAAUUAGCUUUUGACUAUCAUGGAAAUGAAUUAACACCAUCAUCACAGUACGCUUUUAAAUUUAAAGAUUAUGCUCCAGAAGUAUUCAGAGAAUUAAGAGCCCUUUUUGGAUUAGAUCCAGCUGAUUAUUUAGUUUCACUAACAUCAAAAUACGUCUUAAGUGAACUUGACUCUCCUGGUAAAAGUGGAUCUUUUUUUUACUAUUCCAGGGAUUAUAAAUACAUUAUCAAAACUAUUCAUCAUGCUGAACAUCGUCAUUUAAGGAAGCAUAUUGAAGAUUAUUAUAAUCACGUCAAAAAUAAUCCUAAUACUUUAGUGUGCCAAUUUUAUGGUCUUCACAGAAUAAAAAUGCCAAUUUCAUUUCAAAACAAACUGAAGCAUAGGAGAAUUUAUUUUGUAGUUAUGAACAAUUUGUUUCCUCCUCAUCUAGAUAUGCAUUUAACUUACGACUUGAAAGGGUCAACGUGGGGUAGAUUCACGGCAGUUGACAAAGAGAAAUUAAAGACAGAACCAACUUACAGACCAGUGUUAAAGGAUUUAAAUUGGCUCGAUAACCAUGAAAGUAUGAGCUUCGGACCUUCUAAAAAGAACGAGUUUUUAACACAACUGAAAAAGGAUGUAGAAUUAUUAUCUAAGUUAAACACAAUGGAUUACUCACUCCUUAUUGGGAUUCAUGAUAUGAAGAAAGCCAAAGAAAUGUUGCGAAAGGAAAAAGAGUUAUUAGACCCAGAGGACAGUGAUUUCGGUAAUUCUGCUGGUGAUGCAGAAUCUUCUCCAAGGAAAAUAUCAGUGCAACAAAGGGGUUCAAUGAUAUCGCACAUGUUUAAGCAAGAUGAAGGAGGUCUUCGAGGCUCUGAUGAAAACGACGAAAAUAUCGAUAUAAUAUACUAUAUUGGUAUAAUCGACUGUCUAACAAAUUACUCGAUUAUCAAGAGAUUAGAGACAUACUGGAGGGGUAUUAACCAUGACUUGAAAGUGGUUAGUGCUAUUCCACCCAAGGACUAUUCGGAUAGAUUCUAUAAAUUUAUUUCGAAUUCAGUCAGAACAUCAGCUAUCAUUCCGUACAAAGAUGAUCCCACUGCUAAACCAUAUAAAGACAAAAUAUAG